GCAGACCCAACACAGGGACCGGAGCAGCAGAGCAUCCUCCACGGGCGAUGAAAUGUCUUCAGAGCUGCAACAGGGGGCUGCCUCACAAGAGGCAAACCAGGAAUCUCGCCAGGCCCUCCCCAAGAAGGGGGCCCUCUCCAGGGUGGCCCGGCUGGUGAUGGUCCUCCGGGGAUGGGCGAGCAAGAGCCUGAAGGAGGAGGAGGAGCACACAGACGCCUUCCUCGAGCGCUUCCGCGGGCCGGAUGUGAAGACCUUGGCGGUGGCGGCUGAAGACGGCUCUGGAGACCAAGAGCAGGAGAGGAAGAAAUGGGAGGUCGUGGUGGUGGAUCCCGCGGGGAGCUGGUACUACCACUGGCUGCUGGUCAUCACGGUGCCCGUUCUCUACAACUGGUGCACGCUGGUGGCACGAGCCUGCUUCAACGAGCUCCAGACAAAGUACUUGCUCUGGUGGCUGGUGCUGGACUACCUUUCGGACGGCGUCUAUGUUGCAGACAUGGUUGUCCGGCUGCGCACAGGUUUCCUUGAGCAGGGCCUGCUUGUCAGAGACCUCAAGAAGCUGCGUGAGAAGUACAUUGGCACAAUGCACUUCAAGCUGGACAUCCUCUCCAUUUUGCCCACGGAUUUCGCAUACUUUGCCACGGGCAUACACCGCCCGGAGCUCCGCUUCAAUCGGCUGCUGCGCUUCUCACGCAUGUUCGAGUUCUUUGACAGGACCGAGACGAGGACCAGCUACCCAAACAUCUUCAGGAUCUGCAACCUGGUGAUGUACAUUCUGGUCAUCAUUCACUGGAACGCCUGUAUCUACUACGCCAUCUCCAAAGCCAUUGGCUUUGGAGAAGACACCUGGGUUUAUCCCAAUGUUUCAGACCCUGAGUAUGGGUACUUAACGCGGGAGUACAUCUACUGUCUCUACUGGUCCACGCUGACCUUGACCACAAUCGGAGAGACUCCCCCACCUGUGCGGGACGAGGAGUACCUCUUCGUCAUCUUUGAUUUCCUGAUCGGGGUCCUCAUCUUCGCCACCAUCGUGGGGAACGUGGGCUCUAUGAUCGCCAACAUGAGUGCCAACAGGGCAGAAUUUCAGGCCAAGAUCGAUGCUGUCAAGCACUACAUGCAGUUCCGCAGAGUGAGCAAGGAGAUGGAGGUCAAGGUCAUCAAGUGGUUUGACUACCUCUGGACCAACAAGAAGGCAGUGGAUGAGUGGGAGGUGCUCAAGAACUUGCCUGACAAGCUGCGGGCAGAGAUUGCCAUCAACGUCCACCUGGAGACCCUGAAGAAAGUGCGAAUAUUCCAGGACUGUGAGGCUGGGCUCCUGGUGGAGCUGGUGCUCAAGCUGCGCCCUCAGGUGUUCAGCCCAGGGGACUACAUCUGCCGGAAAGGGGAUAUCGGCAAGGAGAUGUAUAUCAUCAAAGAGGGCAAGCUGGCGGUGGUGGCUGAUGAUGGCAUGACUCAGUACGCCCUGCUGACCACAGGCUGCUGCUUUGGGGAGAUCAGCAUCCUCAACAUCAAGGGAAGCAAAAUGGGCAACCGCAGAACAGCAAACAUCCGCAGCAUCGGCUACUCCGACCUCUUCUGCCUGUCCAAGGAGGACCUCAUGGAAGCAGUGACCGAGUAUCCAGAUGCCAAGAGAGUCCUGGAGGAGCGUGGCCGUGAGAUCCUCACCAAGGAGGGGCUGUUCGAUGAGGCAGCAGCAGCGGCGGAAGGCGUGGAGCAGAUGGACAUUGGGCAAAAGCUGGACAGGCUGGAGACCAGCCUGGAGAUACUGAGCUCCCGCUUCUCCCGACUCUUGGCGGAGUACGGCGCUGCCCAGAAGAAGCUGAAGCAGCGCAUCACCCUCGUGGAGGGCAAGGUGAAGCAGGACCACCUGGGGGAGCUUCUCUCCGAUGGCUCCACCAGCCCAGCCAGGAGCGAAGGCAAAGGCACACCGUGA